ACUAUCCCACAUUGUAUAUCACAAUAGACAAACUCCAACAUACCUUGCUCCAGCUUCUUCAGCAACACGCAUAUAUCCUCAAAAAACUGCAUCUUCAAAUCAACGAAAUAAACCUGCAUCAUAGUCGUUUUCAUAAUAAUGCGUCACGUAUACGUUAUACAGCAAACUGAAACUUAUUAAGAAUUCCUCCUAACUACUGUAUACAUUCAAGUCCAUGCAUAAACAUGAACGUUUUAUUUACGGUAAAUACAGAAAAAGGGAUGGCGGAAUACCAUAUCUUAUUCACUUUUUUUGUUAUUCAACUCAUUGAUAAGGCGAUAGUGUUUACUGAUUUAUGGAAUUUUGUUUGUGUUUUCUUUCUAAGUUGACUUAAAACUAAUACUUUAAAUCUGCAGUCUUCCUCGAAGUUUCGCGUGGGCAUUUUUUCCAUCUUUGAAAAUCAACCAAUACACAUUUUUUCAGUCUUUGGAAAUCAAGAAAUACACAUUUUCUCAUCUCCCCCAUUAUAAGAAUAACAACGGUCUAAAAUUGAUUCCUUCUUAACAAUAACGAAGAAAUACAAGAAAAACAAAAGUUAUCUUACAUUAAAAAUGGUGAAAUAUUUUUCUUUGAUUAUCGUCCUCGCUUCUUCUCUUCUUCUUGUCCUUCAAGACCUCGAACAAGUUCACGCCCUUGGGUGUUCUGGAAGCUUCUUAAACAGUAACAGCAGCUACUUUCAGAAUCGUCACAGUCUCUUCUCUACUCUUGCUUCAAAAGUAGUCGCCAAUGGUGGAUUCUACAACGCCUCACUCGGCAAGAAUCCCAACAGAGUUUACGCUCUUGUUCUCUGCGCAAGAGGCUACGAGCAACAAGCUUGUAUCAGUUGUGUCGAAAAAGUGACUCAGGAGAUACAAACGAGUUGCCCGAACCGAAUGAAUUCGUUCCAUUGGGACAAUGACGAUGGAGACCAUGUUUCUUGUCUUGUACGUACCUCAAACCAGUCAACUUUCAAGAACUUCCAGCUUGUACCUGCUGUCAUAUACCCAAGUCCACUUACUAUGGAGCCAUCCAAGGACAUGACCCUUUUCAGUAAACAGUGGGAAGCAACAGUUAAUCGGACAGUCCAGGCUGCCACGGAAGCUAAAAAUAUAUCCGUACUUCAGUACUAUAGUGCUGUAGAAGCCGAGUUCACGGAGUUUCCAAAUGUAUACAUGCUGAUGCAAUGCACGCCUGACAUAACUUCUCAAGACUGCAAGAUAUGUUUGGAAAAAAGCGGGACAUAUUUUAAAAAACAGUUUUGGGGAAGACAAGGCGGCGAGGUUAGUCGUCCGAGCUGUGUUUUCAGGUGGGAUCUAUAUGCUUUCCAUGGUGCUUUUGAUAAUAUAACAAGAGUUCCUGUACUUCCUGGAGGUCAAGGUCAGGCUCAGCCACCUUCAAAGGAAAGUUGUAUAAAAGGCAAUAAAGGAAGAAGCAUUGGGAAUGGUGGAAUUAUCUCGAUAGUUGUUCCUGCUUUGAUUAACAUUUUAGUGUUUAUUGGACUCAUCAAACUCUAUACUCGGAGGAGACAAUUCAACAACAUAAUCAAUGUUGGUACUGCAGAGUACUCUGAUGGUCAACUUAUGUUACGGUUUGAUCUGAGAAUGAUCUUAAUGGCAACCAAUGACUUCUCGUCUGAUAAUACGCUUGGCCAAGGUGGAUUUGGUACGGUCUAUAAGGGGAUAUUGCCAAAUGGCCAAGAGAUAGCUGUGAAGAGAUUAACAAAAGGUUCAGGGCAAGGAGAUAUGGAGUUUAAGAAUGAGGUUUCACUCUUGACAAGACUCCAACAUAGGAAUCUGGUUAAGCUUCUUGGGUUCUGUAAUGAAGGGGACGAAGAGGUUCUUGUCUAUGAGUUUGUCCCCAACUCAAGUCUUGAUCACUUUAUCUUUGAUGAAGAGAAGCGUUCGUUUCUUACAUGGGAGGUGAGGUGCAAAAUUAUAGAAGGCAUUGCUAGAGGCCUUCUUUAUCUCCAUGAAGACUCUCAGCUGAAGAUUAUUCAUAGAGACUUGAAGGCAAGCAACAUCCUUUUAGAUGCUGAGAUGAACCCUAAAGUUGCAGACUUUGGGACAGCUAGAUUGUUCAACACUGAUGAGACUCGAGCUGAAACAAGACGAAUAGCUGGUACCCGUGGAUAUAUGGCUCCUGAAUACGUUAAUCAUGGGCAAAUCUCAGCAAAAUCUGAUGUAUAUAGCUUUGGUGUUAUGCUUCUAGAGAUGAUAAGUGGUGAAAGAAACAAGAGGUUUGAAGGAGAAGGAAUUGCAGCUUUUGCAUGGAAGAGAUGGGUUGAAGGAAGGCCUGAAAUCAUAAUUGAUCCUUUCUUGGUAGAGAAUCCGAGUAACGAGAUCAUUAAGUUGAUCCAGAUUGGUUUAUUGUGUGUCCAAGAAAAUGCAUCAAAGAGACCAACAAUGAGCUCUGUAAUAGUUUGGCUUCGCAGUGAGACAAUUAAAGUUCCUUUACCUAAGGCUCCUGCUUUCACGAGUAAUCAAUCCCAAUCUGAAGAUGGGAUAAUGUCAAUCAGCAAUGUCUGCACGGAGUUGAGUUCUCGUUGACUUUAAAUUUAUUAAUCAGUAUGUUGUUUAUAAGGUAGUACAAAAUAUUCUUAUUACAAGUAGAUACAAUCACAAGUUCUAGAAACCUAUACAGAGAAUAUAUUACUUGCUUAUUUGAUUCA